UGUCAAUUAACUGGCGAGUGUUCAAACUUCAAAGGGAGACUGAACCCAAGACCCAUCACAGUUUAAACUCCACAGUUCAAACACACCGCCUUACCACCCACCAACUACUCUCAUAUAACCCAUUUUAACAUCUCCAUUAAAUGCUCUUGUGCUCUCCAUGGCUCCACCUGUCCACUCACCAACGCUUCGUUUUCUCCAAUGCCCAAUGACAUCCCCCACUCCCAACUACUUGAGUGAUUGUAAGAAUUCUCUUCUUAACUUCUUACUUUUGUAGAUUCAAUCUUAAAUCUUGGCUCUUCACUAAGUUUCUGCACCGGUCCCAUGGGGAAACUCUGUAUGAUUUCCGUUUUCUCUAACUUUACUUUCCCUUUUCUUAUUCUUGUAUUUUGUUUACUCUUUGGCAGUCGCAGGGCCGACUUUCCCAACGCUUUCAAGGGUAUUGGAUGCGAUUUGAUAAAUUGUGGGGAAGGAACUUGCAACUCUUCUGGUAGCUCCUUUCUGGGCUUCGAGUGUGAGUGCAAUCCUGGAUGGAAUAAGAUUCAGAUUGGAUCUUUGUCCUUCUCCUCUUGUGUUGUUCCCAACUGCACAGUUGACUUUGGAUGUGGUAGCAAUACUCCUACUCCACCACCUCCUCCUCCUCCAGCUUCUCUGUUUCCACCAUUGAAUUUUUCAGACCAUUGUGCAUUGACAUGGUGUGGCGAUGGAACCUGCAUAGCAAAUGAAACUGGGCACAUCUGCAGUUGCCAUGAAGGUUCAUAUAAUUUGUUCAAUAAUACAAGCUUAGCUUGUUUCAAACAAUGCUCUUUCGGGGCAGAUUGUACGAGCCUUGGGUUUAAUCUUUCACGUCCAAGUCCCAGUUCCAAUUCCAGUUCAUCUGUCUUAGCACAAAACGGUAUGCCACCUCCAAGUCCAAGUAGUUCUGAUUCAACUGACUGGACCAGAAAUGGAGCUAGUGGAAAACCCAGUUGGUGGAGGACUCUAUUUGCACUGACCAUGCCACUGAUCGCAGCUAUAUUUAUCUACUGGGCAUAAAGGCAGCCUGAUCUCUGAGAAAUUAUCCAUUUUGCCUUCGAUAUCUUGAGAGGAGAAUUUUUCAGUUUUGGGUAGGAGAAAAGAGAAGAGAAGAGAAGAGAAGAGAAUAGAUGGCUGCAGUCAAAUUUUACAUUGUUAUAUUAUUUAUUGAAAUGAUUAACCACUGCUUAUGGUGAUGUAAAUGGGGAACUAUCACACUUCUGAUACAAAACAUGAUUAUUUAAGGGGAAUGUUUGUGAAUUA